AUGGAACGUCAAUCUUGCGUCUGUCUUGCUCGUCACGGUCACCAGAGUCAUUGUAAUACUCUGGACUCACAACUCCUCACGGGCACCUAUUGGUCCCUCAUCGAUUCAUUCGAGAAAUGGCCUUCGUUUUCGGUAGCCGAUCUGGUCAGGCGAACAUCAGGAAGGUUGCUCGGAUUUCCUCGGCCUGGUACCUAUACCGACUUCGAUCGCAGUAUCACAGUACAGCGUGCAAACCUUCCGGAGUUCACAAUUCGAGACUUCCGGUGUCGGCCUGAUGCUCAGUUCCGAUGCCCCUGGGUCCCCCAUUCGCAGCGUAUCCUCUGCCUCUGCGACUUGGUCUCUUCAACAAUGCAAACCGCCGCACACGCUACAAUACCCGCUCUUCACCUUCGUGAUGCUCGAGACGCACACAUCGUCUUUGAGGCGGUUCGACUCAAUGUCCUGCCCUUGAUAACGCGUCGGUUGACCGCCAAUGAGCGUGAUCAGCUGAAGUCGGGUAAUGUAUUCGUUUGGGAAGAAGCAGAACACAAGCAAGGUGGACUGGAACGCUGGACUGAUGGGCGCCGCUGGUCGCAGAGCAGAAUGCGCGGUGAUUAUCUCUUCUAUGAGGAAAAGAUCGAGACGACCCCAGAAGAAAAAGCGGCUAAGGCUGCUCGUCGAGCGCGCAGGACUCUGGAUCCCUUUGGUUACCAGCCUACGCCCACCCGCCAGGACCGCCCAUCCAAACCUGACGGGCUCACCAAACAGACGUAUUCGACGCAUGUCUACAUGCCUGGGUCCGAGCCACGCAAAUGGCAUGUUGUCGCCUACUUCACGGGCGACGAUUACACCACCCUACCCGUGGUGGAGGAUUAUGAGUACCUACGCAAUGUGCGCGUCCCAGAAGGGAUCUACACAUCCGCGAAGGGGAACUUGGGUAGAGUGGGCCGCGUUCUAGGCGGUGCGUCUGGCCACGAAGGGCUACAUCAUAGCGACGAUCACCCAGAAUGGAUGCCCGCUUCGUGGUCGAUGUCACCCAGCCUUAGUCCUGGCACUGAUCGUCCGUAUUCUUCCAACUCAUCAACGUCAUCCUCUUCCUCCUCAUCCCCUUCUGCGGAUUCUUCCACGUAUACUCUCUCGCGUCAUUCUUCAAGCGACGGUUCAGUCAACUGUUUGCCACGGCUGUCGAACGUGGUCCCCGUGUUUCACCUCGCUCCUCCGGUACCCCAGAAGCGCACACUGUCGUCUGGGCCCAGCGGAAUGUCGACCGCUGGCUACCAUUCUCUCACAGCUGAAGAUCGAAGAGCGUUGAACAGCUUCCGUAUAGUACUAUGA